UUCUCUCUCGGGUCCAAUGUCCAUGUUGGAUAACGGGAAGGCAAGAUUUGUGCACAACACAGUAUAAUAAUGAGCUUGACAGGAGCGGCGGCGGCUGCAGCUGCAGGACGCGGGCAGUGGAGCGGUUCAGGCUCCGCGGCUUUAACCUGCAACCCCCGCAAAUUCAGCGAGAAGAUCGCGCUGCAAAUUCAGCGGCAAGCCGAAGAUAUAGCCGCCUUCCAGGAGGUAAUGAUGGACAUCAGUUCCACCAGGAUUCAGGCUGAGAAGGUUCGGCAAGCAAGGAGCCUGGCUUCGUAUUAUGGAGGAUCUCUACCAAAUGUCAGUCAGAUGUCAGCAUGUCCAACAGGAAAUCAGAGCCAGUUCCUGUCUAGCCCGGACUACAGUGUCACCCAGCAGCACUAUGUGAGGACAGAACAUGGACAGAAAGAUCACAGACCCAGCAUCCAUGGACGGCCAAACAGGAGACAUAUUGACAGCGCCCCCUAUCUGUCUGUCCACUUGUCUCCUCCCUCAGGCCCCGGCUGGCGGAGGAACUGGUUUGUCAGAUCUGCAAAUGAAAAAAGCCAGAUGGACCAAACGCCGAUGAUGGCGCUUAGUAGGACUCGCUCAGACUCGGCCCUUCACACCAGUGUGAGGAUGAUCUACGUCGGUGACCCGAAUCCUGAACAGGUCUUGACUGGCUGCUCCACAAAAACUGGGACCCCGAUGUUUUCACCUCCAGUGCCUCUGAUUGAGGAGAAUGUCCAAGAGGAAGGAAGGACUAUUAAAUUACAGAAGAUACCAUCAGCAUUAUCUGGAUGUGACACCCCUGGAAAUCACAUAAGCGGCUCUCUGCCAGACCUCUCCAGUCUGUGUCUGCCCUCUGCAGUGCCUGAGGCUUCAAACCCGCAACCUCCGAUCAGAACCAACCCAAUCAGCAGCUCCACCGGCAUACACCACCUACCCAGUAGUGCCGCACAUGAAGUCUCGACUGACAGUGAUUUUCCCCUGCCUAGUUUGUCAUCAUCUCUCCAGGCGAUCGUUGAUAAUCCCUUGCUUCAGUCUUCUCUCAGCAACCCUAAUCUCCAGUCGACGCUUAGCAGCCCCUCGCUACAUGACUCUCUAAGCUCCAAGUCCCUGUGCACGUCACUAAGCAGCUCGUCCCUGAAGUCCUCCCUUAGUAGCCAGUCCCUGCGGUCCUCCUUUAGUAGCUUGAGUAACCAGUCUUUCCAAUCAACAGCUAGCAACUGCAGCUACAGUAGUGGGAUUGGUGGGUCUCGCUCUUGCUCCUCGUCCUCUCUUUCCUGCUCGCCACGUACUGGUGGGCAGGUAACGGUGUCUCAUACGACUUCAUCAGUGAGGAGAAGCCAGCUCAGCCCGUUAAUGGUGCCCAGUGGUGAAGAAUCCCUUUGGCAACAACCGACUCUGUCUCCUACACUCUCCUGUAUUACCCAGGGGGUCCCACUUAACAGCACGAAAGUACAACAAGAGGUCAAACCACCACCAUACCCUUACAGUCAAUUUCCUCUAACAUGGACUCCAAAGGUUCAUAAUUCUUCUCAGUCUUGGCAGCUCCAUCAGGCAGAGGGAUGGGAUCAAUGCAGACAAAAUACCAGAUGGUGCCAACAGCAAGGCACAAAGCUGAUAAGCUCUCAGUGUAAACCACAGCCGCAUUAUAUGCAGCAUCAGAACCCACAAUGCCAAACAGAGGACAGCCUGCUGAGUCCAUAUCACUGCACACCUCAGCAACAGCUAGACAAACAAACACCGCAUGCACCACAGCAGUACAAACAGACUCAAAGUAAUCAACAGUCGCAGCAAAAACCAAUAAACUGUGCACAUACUCAACAGUACUUACAGCAACAAGCACAACAAUUUCCACCACAACACCAACAGCAAUACCAGCAAGUCGACCAAUGCUGGAAUCACCAAAGACAGCUCAUAAACCACAACCAGAACCAGCUACACUACCAAAGCAAAGCUGAAAGUCCUCAAAACCAGCAACCUCCUCACCAUCCCACGGUCCUGGCAGCUCAGGACGAGUACGCAUCAUGGAACAAUCCAUUAAAUCAACAAAACUUCCCUAAUAUGAGAAUACAAAGAUCUUUUGGGACACACAUGCAUUUGAAGGAACGGCCAAAACUACAAGCAAAGAAGCUGGCCCAAGAAACUGAAAGAGAGAGAGCUCAUAGCGCUAAACCAGUCCAUUCUCAAAAAGAUCUCCAGUUUAGUAAAAUUGCUUCAACCAGUUCACCGGAUAAUGAAUUCGGGCUUCACAAUAAAUCCUACACUGGCCUUCAUCUGACACCGAGCCAGACAGAAGCCCUCUCACAGAAGCUUGGCCAGCUCCAUAAGGUCACCAGAAAGUCUGACUCCAAAUGUCAGGAUGUAGAGGGGAAACAUCUGUGUGAUGUUGAGCACUUCAGGAACUCACCGACCCAGAGUUACAGUGAUGAUGUGUCAUGUAAUUUUCCCGGCAUCAGUUGUGGAGUGCCAUCUGUGUGCUUGGAUGAUGUGAUUUCAGAUCUGCCGUUCUCAGUUCCAGAAUUUGACCUGGACCCCUUUAUCCUGGCAGACUGACUCACCUGAAUUGUGAAGGAUUUUAGAUAAAUGCAAAAAUAAAAUAGUUCACACAAGCUUUAAUAAUCAGGUUAAAAUCUACUAAAGGAGGAAGAGUAAAUAUUUUAACCAGUGGCCAUAAAACAUGGCGCACAAUGUAACUUAUAGUAGAGAUAAUGGGCCUUAUGUACAGAAUAUGAAAUAGUUUAGAAUGUGUACAAAUCUUUAUUAAUAUUUCAGACUGUAUUUUUUUAAACCAUUAUAAUGUUCAGUCUUACUUUAAAAAUAAUCAAUUUAGAAGUUAUAUUUUCAGUUUGAAUAGUUUUUAACCAGUUUGAGAAGUAACCCCAGCUUAGUCUAACUGAUCGAGCAGCACUGCUUUCUUUGUGGCACCUACUAAAUGAAAAUGUUUAUAUAAAUGCUUUGCACUAGAAAAACCACAUUAAUGUAAAAUAUAUGUAAUGUUAAAAUGAAUAUUAAAAAUAAAACUAAUUCUUAUGUUUUA